GUUCUUAAUCCAGAUUAAGAAUUGAGGAUCUAGGAUCUGCUCAUUGCAGUUGGACGAAACCUGAAGCAACAUGCAGCGUGUAACACACUUUAUUCAAGGACAUCAGAGAGUUAUCCUGGAACUCAAACAAAAUGACCUACAGAAAUCUCUCAUCCAGGCGCUUAAAGAACUUACUGAAAAGAGGGCUGCAGCAGCUGCAGCAGUAGGCAAUACCACACGGAUUCAUAACCACCGCAACGAUGUCGCACAAGGCGUCCAGCGUCAAAUCCACACGGGCUGGAAAAGCCAUUCUUCAGGCGGGUCCCGCUUCGGGGAAGCGUACGAACCUUGGUCGGACGACAUGGCUUGCAUCCUUCAAGGGAGUUGUCUUCCCGGUAGCACACGCUACUGCAGAACUCUCUCCAUGUUCACCAAGAUGGACCUGAAGGACAUCAUGCAGGCAACAACGGUGAACAGCUUUCCUGAUGGAAAACGCCACUACCACACAUCCUCUGCUGCUAAACUGCAAUUGUGGUCCCCCUCAGCCCAUUCAAGAAAGGCAACUUCUUCACAGAGCCCACUUGCCAUGGCCCAAUACUCAACAGAGAGUAGCCAGGACAAGACUGAACCUCAGCCAGACCAAGGCCAGGUUAGUCAGAGACAAAGACUAAAGAUGGCUGUGCGUGAUUAUGGCUCUACUGUUGUUGUGUUCCAUGUCUGCAUUUCACUCAUGUCACUUGGAGGUUUCUAUUUAGCGGUAUCCAGUGGAAUAGAUAUGCAGUCUCUCCUCUCCACUCUGGGUUUUAGUGCAGACAUCAUCCAGUCCAAGGUUGCGACCGGAACCAGCACGUUCGUCAUGGCCUACGCAGUCCACAAAGUCUUUGCUCCAGUACGCAUCGGCAUCACAUUGACAUGCACGCCUUUCAUCGUCAGGUACCUUCGAGGGAUCGGGCUUUUAAAGCGGCCCCUCCCAACUAAAUGAAUUGAAAUGCAAACUGAAUGAGUCUUCCCAGCUCCUACAUAUGACUGAACAGGAUGGAAAGAAAUCAAGACUGAAAUUUGGAAAGUGAAAAAAUUUCACACAGUAUGGAGCCGAAUUUAUUUUCAUACAAAAUUCUGACUCUUGAUGAAGUUUACUUAUUUCCUGCAUUUUAUCAUGCCUUUGUUUGUAUUGCUUUGUAAACUUGUUUUGAUUUUCAUUUCAUUUGAAUUUGAUCCAGUAGAGAAUAGAAUAUACAAAUAAAUAUAAUUUGCAAAGAUAUAGAAACCGUUGAUCAAUACUUCGUGGUGUAUAUAUAUGUUAGGAGUUACCUUUCCUUGAUCAAUUCAUAUUUGAAUUGAAUAUUUUAAGAUGCCAGGGGCCUGUUGUAUAAAAGAAAAACUCUGGCUUUUUUCUCUGGCUUUUUUUUUUGCCAGAGUUUUACGAUGUUUUCAAUGUCAGUGGCAUAAUUUUGUUUUAUACUAGAGUGUAUGUUUAUUGCCAGAAUUUUUUUAUGGCAAAAGUUUUAUGCAAGAGGCCCCAGGGGACGCAGAAUGACACAAACCAUGUCAAAUCCAUGGCUAAAAGGUAAUACCGUAUCCUGUUAAUAUCUGCAUUAAUACAAGGCCCAUAUGACAAGAUGAUAAAUAUGGGUUUCUUCAACUUUUCGAUCACAAUCCAUGCUGAAACAAAAAUUUCAAAAUUCAGUGACAAAUGGUCAAGUGUAUAACCACUGUAGAUAUUAUCAAUAUAAUCUGUCGUGUAGUAUUUUGUGUCGUGCCAAUUUGUUUUUUUUUCUGUGGCUCCUGGAUGAGUAUGAGAACAAUUGGACUUUGGGCAUAACAUUUAAUGUAAAAUGAUAUCAUGAUCAACAUACUCUGAAAUUUUAGUAUUUAAUAAAAUGCUAUAAACAUGACAUUGAA